UUGAAACCAACCCUAAGCUCUUUUUAUCUCCACCCUAAAGAGGCGUCUAGAGCCAUGCCACCGAGAAAGAGCAAAGAUAAAGAGGUUCAGCCAGCCCAGGCUGAACAUGCAGAUGACAGUCUAGUUUACUCAGAGGGUGAGAAUGAUCCAGUUGUUCCUCCUUUUUUAUCAUCCUUCGUGGAGCGAUCUUAUGGCAAUCCAAUUUUCAAAGAAAGGGAUGCAGACCGCAGAGGUGACUUUGCUGAAUCAAGUAAUGUGUUUAGAGGUAUGACUGAACGUUUGGAUUUAGCAUUCAAAGAACAAAACCAGGCUAUGCGGAGACUUGUUGACAACCAUGGCCAUCAACCUCAUCAUAAGUAUAUUCUGCCAGCUGGGAAGGGAAAUGUGGGUCCUCAUCAUCAACCUUGUUCAAGGGACUUUUUCCAGCCACAAGUUCCUCCAGCCCAGCCGGUACGGUGUGGUUUGCAGAAUCAACCAGCUCAAUUCUUUAAUAGAGACCAUGGGCCAGCUUUGAGGCCAUUGGAAAAGAUUGAUAAGGACAUGUUGAGAUCUCCAGACAAAGCGAAGGAAACCAUGGGAGUAGAUGCAGAUCCUUUUUCAGCUGUGUCUGUCGGCGUGAAUGUUGCAGACCUCAGGAGUGUUGCCAGAAAUCGUACUCUGCCUUAUGCUCAAAGGAAUCUUGCUGCUGAAGACUUGAGGUGGGUGUUUGAGGCACAGAGAUCCAGACAUAGCAGGAGCGUCAGGUCAGACCAACAGAGGCUCGGGGGGCAAGGAAGGAUCACUGUGGCCAGGAACUUCAGUCUAGAAGGUGCCAGACGUUACUCAACUGGUACUAGAUCUCCAAGGAUGGUCAAACCGCCACUUAAAUCACCUUCCAGACGGUGGGAGAAAGUCAAUCAUCCCAAGUUUCCAGCCCAGAAUCCUAGAACCUUGAGGCGCAGACUGCAACGCAAUAGAGCUAAAAAGCGAAAAAGGCAACAGAAGCAGAUGGAGGUUGAGAGAAGUUCAUCUCGCAGACCACGCCAACCUACAAAAAGGAAUAUGGUGUGGGUGAGAAAAGAGAAAAAGGAGGUUGUAACCCAGACUCUACUGAAGGGGGAUGACCAAUCUUUAGUCUCUCCAAAGGUGGCAUCUGUCAUUAAGGAGGAGGAACCAAUCGUCUGUGAGUUCCCAGAACAGACAGAAGAAGAGGUAAUCAUUAUUCCAGCUCAGGAUGAUGAAGAGGAGGACAUGGCUGACAAAAUUGUGUUUGAAAAACCAGAAGAAAAGAUGGCCAGACACAUUAGGCCACUUUAUAUCAAUGCUCACAUGGAUGGGACUCCAAUCAGCCGUGUCUUGGUGGAUAAUGCAGCUGCAGUCAAUGUCCUUCCAACUUGCAUGCUCUACAAAAUAGGCAAGUCUCUUGAUGAUUUAGUGCAUACUGAGAUUCAUUCAAGUUGGUGUGUCCCUUCUUCACUUCACCAGAAAUUGAUUUUCUGGAAUGGAGGCAAAGUUGAGGUCGUGUCUGCAGAUGAUAAACAUUUUUCAGCCAAUACUCACCUGGUGGAGGCUAGAUAUUAUGAAGAAGACAUUGGUACCAUUCGGUUUUUUGGGAUGGAUAGACAUGGGAAACCGAUUGGGAUAACAGCAUGCAGUAGACCGUCUUUGUCUAAGCGUGCUGUAGAGGAACAAGCUCGUCUGAGACAAGAAAGAGAGAAGGCCGUGUUGGAGAUAAUAAAGAAAUUAGUGGCCUAUUUUGCUGAAAAAGCAGUUCAAGUAGACAGGUCUGAGAUUGUUCAUGAAGGUGAGGAGGCAGAUCAGGGUGAUGAAAUAACUUUGGAGGAGCUGGAUCUUGCCCCAGCCAAGUUGGAUGACUUAAAAGCUGAAGUUCAAGACCCACUGGAGGAGAUCAAUCUAGGGUCUGAAAAAAUGCUAGGUCUGGAUCAGAAACUGGUGGAACAUAAACUGCCAAUUGCAGAAGGAUUCAGACCGUAUAAACAGCCGCCCAGACGCAUGUCUGCAGAGGUCACUUUAAAGGUGAAAGAAGAAAUUGAGCGGUUGAUAAAAGCUGGAUUCAUUCGGACAUGCAGGUAUGCAGAAUGGUUAUCAAAUGUAGUGCUUGUGCUGAAAAAGAAUGGAAAAUUAAGAGUCUGUGUUGAUUUCCGAAACUUGAAUUUAGCUACACCAAAGGAUGAGUAUCCUAUGCCAAUUGCAGACUUGUUAGUUGAUGGAGUAGCUCGUCACAAAAUUCUAUCUUUCAUGGAUGGCCAUAGUGGGUACAACCAAAUUUUUAUUGCAGACGCAGACGUUCCUAAGACAGCCUUUCGAUGCCCAGGUGCUGUUGGAACUUUUGAAUGGGUUGUGAUGCCAUUUGGUCUGAAGAAUGCUGGAACUACUUAUCAAAGUGCCAUGAAUGCAAUUUUUCAUGAUAUGAUUGGUAAGUUCAUGGAAAUCUAUAUUGAUGAUGUUGUGGUGAAGUCACAAGGGGAAGCAGACCACCUAGUCCAUUUGAGGAAGGCUUUUGAGCGGAUGAGGCAACAUGGCUUGAAAAUGAACCCACUAAAGUGUGCCUUUGGAGUGUCUGCGGCCAUGGCUGUGAUUGAGGUGAAACCACCACAGAACAAGAAGGAGUUGCAAAGAUUUCUUGACCAAGUUAAUUUCUUAAGACGUUUCAUUCCUAACUUGGCUGGGAAAACCAGAGUCUUUUCUCCUCUGUUGAAACUCAAGUCUGAGGCUGAUUUUAAGUGGGAAGAACACCACCAGUCUGCCUUUGAUAUGAUAAGCGAUCAUCCAUGUCUGGAAGUGGAAGCAGACGAAGAAAAAGGGAUUAACUUGUUUUCAAUAAGUUUAGUUCCCUGGAAACUUAUUUUUGAUGGAUCUAGCACAGAAACCAUGUCUGGAGCUGGAGUCGUGGUUAUCUCCCCGUCUGGGCUAAAAACACAAAUGUCUUUCCAGCUGGAUUUUGAUUACACAAAUAAUCAAGUAGAAUAUGAAGCUUUGAUUAUUGGUCUUGAGAUGUUGGUGGAGCUUAAAGUAUCCAUGGUUGAGGUUAUAGGGGACUCACAACUAGUCUUAAAGCAAUUGUCUGACACGUGUCUAGAGACUAGAACUAUGAAGCUAAUGAAAUGGCCCAAAUUGCUUCAGUACCUUAAGGAUCAGAGCACUAAGGUGUCUAGGAAAACCAAAAUGCAAGCUCUCAAUUAUGUCUUGAUUAAGGAUGUGCUUUAUAAGAGAGGCCAUGAUGAACUACUGCUACGUUGUCUGGGUCCAGAUGAAAGUUUCCAAAUGCUGUCUGAUGUCCAUGAUGGGAUUUGUGGUGCACACCAUGCUGGGAUCAAGAUGCGCUGGUUGAUUCGCAAACAUGGUUUCUUUUGGCCAUCUGUCUUGAAAGAUUGUAUUGCUUAUGCUAAGGGCUGCAAAUCUUGUCAGAUCCAUGGGCCAUUUCAAAGAGUUCCAGCCUCUGAACUUAAUUCUAUUGUGAAACCGUGGCCAUUCCGAGGUUGGGCUAUCGACUUGAUUGGUAAGGUGUACCCCCCUUUAUCAAAAGGUCAUUCAUUUAUUAUAUUGGCAACGGAUUAUUUUACCAAAUGGGUGGAGGCUAAACCAAUGAAGAAGCUAGACCAAUCUGAUGUAAUCAAGUUCAUCAAAGAGGACUUUAUUCACAGAUUUGGUCUGCCAGAAACAAUUACAACAGACCAAGGCACAGUUUUUGUCAGCCAUCAAGUGGAGGCAUUUGCAAAGGAAAUGGGUUUCCGUCUGUUAAAUUCUACUCCUCAUCAUGCACAAGCUAAUGGGCAGGCGGAGGCUUCUAACAAGGUGGUGAUUAAUUUGCUUGAAAAAAUGGUGGAUGACAAUCCCAGACGCUGGCAUGAAUUAUUGUCUGAAACACUGUGGGCUUAUAGAACUUCACAAAGAAGUUCCACCAAGAUGACACCUUUUGCCUUGACAUAUGGCCACGAUGCAAUCUUGCCAAUGGAGUUAACAGCCAGGUCUUUAAGAAUAGCGAUUCAGCAUAAUCUCCUGUCUUGGGAAUAUGACGAGGCUAUGAUGCUUGAACUUGAGGACCUUGAAGACACACGUUUGACAGCUUUGGAUAGAUUGCAAGUUCAAAAACUCAAAAUUGCAAAGUCUUACAACAAGAGAGUAAAAGGUAAAAAUCUGGCAGUUGGUGACUUGGUCUGGAAAGCAAUUUUACCUUUUGGCAAGAAAGAUCACAGAUUUGGGAAAUGCUAUCCAAAUUGGAAAGGACCAUUCCGAAUUCAUGAAGUGUUGAGAGGGGGCGCUUAUUGGUUAGAGUCACUUGAUGGAGAGCUUCAUCCCAGAAGAAUCAAUGGAAUUUAUUUCAAGCCUUAUUACCCCACAGUCUGGGAGGCAAGAGGCUUAGAGUCUCAAGAAGCUGUCUGAGCCAGGUUCAUACUUCUGUUUGUGCAUAAAUAGGUUGAUUUGCU